GCCGUGCCAGGGUGACCGGUGGCGCCGUAGCCGAGGUGGCGGCUCGGGGCGGGGCAGGCGGAAAGAGGAGGAAGGAGGUGGUGGUGCAGGAUGGCGACGACGUGCAGGAUGGCGGCGACAGCUUACGAGCGGCUGAAUCUGCAUAUCACACCGGAGAAAUUUUACGUGGAAGCUUGUGAUGACGGAGCAGAUGACGUGCUUAUCAUCGACCGUGUGUCCACGGAGGUCACCCUCUCAGUCAAGAAAGAUAUUCCUCCUUCAGCUGUCACGAGACCAAUAUUUGGUAUACUGGGCACAAUCCACCUGGUGGCAGGAAAUUAUCUAAUUGUCAUUACCAAAAAGAUAAAAAUAGGUGAAUUUUUCAAUCAUGUAAUCUGGAAAGCAACAGAUUUUGAUAUUCUUUCUUAUAAGAAGACAAUGUUGCACUUGACUGAUAUUCAGUUACAAGAUAAUAAAACCUUCCUAGCAAUGAUAAACCAUGUCUUGAAUGUGGAUGGGUUUUACUUUUCAACCACAUAUGAUUUGACCCAUACUUUGCAGCGGCUGUCAAACACUAGUCCAGAAUUUCAAGAAAUGAGUCUCUUGGAAAGGGCAGAUCAGCGGUUUGUAUGGAAUUGUCAUCUUCUGAGAGAACUCUCCGCGCAGCCAGAGGUCCACCGGUUUGCUCUCCCAGUAGUACAUGGCUUUAUUACUAUGCACUCGUGUUCUAUUAACGGCAAACACUUUGACUGGAUUCUCAUCUCGAGGAGGAGCUGCUUCAGAGCUGGCGUGCGCUACUACGUCAGAGGGAUUGAUUCCGAGGGCCACGCAGCCAACUUUGUAGAAACAGAGCAAAUUGUGCACUACAACGGGAGCAAAGCCUCAUUUGUCCAGACUCGAGGAUCAAUACCAGUUUUCUGGUCUCAAAGACCAAACCUCAAGUACAAACCACGGCCACAGAUCAACAAAGUAGCAAAUCAUUUGGAUGGUUUCCAAAGGCAUUUUGAUUCGCAAUUAAUUAUUUAUGGAAAACAAGUCAUAAUCAAUCUGGUUAACCAGAAGGGUUCAGAGAAGCCACUCGAACAAGCAUUUGCAACAAUGGUGUCUUCCUUGGGGAACGGAAUGAUCAGAUACAUUGCCUUUGACUUCCAUAAAGAAUGUAAAAAUAUGAGAUGGCAUCGACUAAGUAUUUUACUGGAUCAGGUAGCAGAAAUGCAAGAUGAAUUAAGUUAUUUUCUAGUGGACUCCACCGGCAAGGUGGUGGCGACCCAGGAGGGCGUGUUCCGCAGCAACUGCAUGGACUGCCUGGACAGGACCAACGUGAUCCAGAGCCUGCUGGCCCGCCGCUCGCUUCAGGCCCAGCUGCAGAGACUAGGUGUUUUGCAUGUGGGACAGAAGCUUGAAGAACAAGAUGAAUUUGAGAAGAUUUAUAAAAAUGCCUGGGCCGACAACGCAAAUGCUUGUGCCAAGCAGUAUGCGGGGACCGGUGCCUUGAAGACCGACUUCACCAGAACCGGGAAAAGAACUCAGUUGGGACUUUUAAAGGACGGCUGGAACUCACUAAUACGGUAUUACAAGAACAACUUCUCUGAUGGCUUUAGGCAGGAUGCAAUAGACCUGUUUCUUGGGAACUAUUCAGUGGAUGAAUUAGAGUCUCACAGUCCUUUAAGUGUUCCAAGGGAUUUGAAAUUCCUGGCUCUGCCGAUCAUCAUGGUGGUGGCCUUCUCGAUGUGCAUUAUCUGCCUGCUCAUGGCAGGUGACACUUGGACAGAAACGCUGGCCUAUGUGCUCUUCUGGGGAGUUGCAAGCUUUGGAACAUUUUUUAUUAUCCUUUACAAUGGCAAAGAUUUUGUCGACGCUCCCCGAUUGGUCCAGAAAGAAAAGAUAGACUGAGUUUGUGUCUGUGGAAAGCGGCUUGGCUUGGAAGACUCCACUGUGCAGAGCUGGAGUCUUUACUGACCCGCUUUCCACAGCAGCCCGCGGUCCCCGCAGAGCCUCGGUCCGGAGGUGCGCCCUGUGCUCUGUGUGGGCGACGGCCUAAUGCCGACCUGGCGUCACUGUCUGGAUGAUGAUCUCUUUACGGUCGAGACUGUUGUGCUUAUAAUUUCUGCUGUUCUUAAUGCAAACGGGACCUGAAUUCAGCUCACAGAAUGGAAGGAAUCUACUCAUUGUCAGUUUAAUCAACUGUUGCAGAAUAAGUAAUAUAUUUAAAAAUCCAGCUUCUUUCAUUACUUAGAACAGUAAAAUUAUUUUUCUAGCUUAGUUUCAUUUUUGUCAUUAUGGAAGAAGGCGCUGUCAGCAAGCAUACUUUUCUGCACAUCUUUGAACUUUUCUUAGAAGUUGAAUAAUAAGCUAACUCUGCUAUGUUUAUAUAACAUACGUCUUUUACACUCAUCAAGGAGUUUGACAGAAGAGACCCUGACAUUGUGGCAGGGAGGGGUGUGGGGGCCAUGUUCUCGGGGAGUCUUGGUUGGGCUGCCUUAUGUGUAAGCGCAGCUUGGCGAAGUGCGAUGAAGCAGUUCAGGUAUUCUUUAUCUUUUUUAAAAGGUGUAAAUGAAUCAAAGAAUGUAAAGUCUAUCUCUUAUGCUAAUGGUCCAAAGCCGCCUCUCUUUUAAGGAUUUCCCUGGUGUGCAAAAUCCCCUUGGUUGGUCAGCCACUUCCUCCUGGACACCUGGGUUUCUUUGUGGCCCUUCAUGGAGACACAAGAGGCCCCGAGGGGCUCCUGUGCCGGGUCGGUGGGGACACAGAGGCCGUGGCUGCUGUGUGCUUGCCUGGUACGUGGCACCAUGGAGGCACUUGCCUCUGUCAGGUAGGGCAUAGUUCUCCAAUCAAGGACCAAUGUAAACUUUAAUUUAUGUGUAAAAACAAACCUGAAAAAUAUGCUUUAGAAGCUGUGCAUAGGUCUAAGUCGGAUUGUAUAUUCAAAUUGUAAUUGUGAGGUUUAAAUAUUAGAAAAGUACGUAAGGUAGUGUAAUUGCCACUAUUUUAAAACCGUUCGGUUAAAUACUGCUACAGUAUUUGUGUUGUGCUUGAAAAUCUGUACAGUUUUUCAACAGCAAUCUUGUUUUCCUUAAAUAUCUUUAAAAGCACCUUUAUUUCAACAUUACCUUUUUCUUUCAACAUUAUAUUUUAUAAACAUUAAUAAGAGGUGUUGCUUUUAGAAACUCUAAAGGCAGUAAUCGCUGGAAAGCACUCUGUAGCUUCAAAAUCAGUCAUUAAAACUCACACUAGGGUAAGCAAUUAGAACUACCUAUCCCAAACAUGUAAAUAAGCAGAACCUGUUCCAAAGAUGAAAUACUGAAACCGGCUCAUGUCUGCUGUCGCUCACAUCUGCUAUUACUCUGGCAUUUCACGCUGGGAGCUUAACUUCGCGAUGACAACAAAUCCCAAACCGGGACCGCGGAUGGGACGCUUUGCAGCGAACGGGCUGGUGCUGGGGUGGCUGAUUGUGCCCUACAAUGAUUUUAUUUCUAAAUUCAUGUACUGUAUAUCCAUAAGUGAAAAU